CCUCACAAAAAUAGGGAGAAAAAAGGAACUUAGUUUUCAACCAAAUAGUGCCAACACACUCUUUUCUUUUUGAAGGACAUAACAUAAACAGAUACAUUGAUAGAUGCAAAUGCUCUGUAAGGCUUCGUCUGCUAUGGCCACUUUUCCUUGCUCUAGGGUGAGAAGUGGGUUAUCUUUGUGGCCAGAAGUUAGACAACUUUGCUUUAGAAAAGGCAUUCUAUAUGGAUUUAUGCGAAUGUUUUCAUCACCGUUGAAAACACUGCGUGGAGCUAGUCGCACGCUGAGAGUAGCUCAAUUUUGCAGUGUUGUGAAUAUGUCUUCCUCAUUGCAGAUUGAAGUGGUACCUUGCUUAAAGGACAAUUAUGCAUAUCUCUUACAUGAUGUGGGUACGGGUACAGUUGGUGUUGUUGAUCCUUCUGAGGCUGUGCCUGUGAUAGAUGCCUUGAGCAGGAAAAAUCGAAAUUUGACAUACAUACUCAACACUCACCAUCAUCAUGAUCACACUGGUGGAAAUGUAGAAUUGAAAACAAAAUAUGGGGCAAAGGUGAUUGGUUCAGGAGCUGACAAGGCAAGGAUUCCUGGCAUUGACAUCUAUUUGAAUGAUGGUGAUAAGUGGAUGUUUGCUGGCCACGAGGUGCGUGUAAUGGACACACCUGGUCACACCCAAGGCCAUAUAAGCUUCUACUUUCCUGGAUCUGGGGCAAUUUUUACUGGAGACACUUUGUUCAGCUUAUCAUGUGGCAAGCUCUUUGAAGGAAGCCCUCAGCAGAUGCUAUCUUCUCUUAAAAAGAUCAUGUCUUUGCCAGACGACACAUAUAUAUACUGUGGACAUGAAUAUACAUUGAGUAAUACAAAGUUUGCAUUGUCUAUUGAACCUGAAAACAAGGAACUUCAAUCCUACGCUGCUCAUGUAGCUUACCUUCGAAGUAAAGGCUUGCCUACAAUUCCCACCACCCUGAAGAUGGAAAAGGACUGUAAUCCAUUCCUUCGUACAUCUAGUCCACAAAUCCGGCACUCAUUAAACAUUGCAGCCACAGCAGAUGAUGCAGAAGCCCUGGGUGUCAUUCGACGAGCAAAAGAUAAUUUUUAGAGUUAUUUAUUUCAAUUUUUUAAGUCUAAAGAUACAUGUACUGUAUAGAGUAAGUUAAAGAAUCCAUCUUUGGAAUAAUAAAUGCUUUAUGCUAUCUUUUCAAUAUCAUUACUCAAUUUUGUUUUUGAGUUCAUUUUGGGAAUUAUCUCAGUCCAACUGGUUCGGUUGGGCCAUAGAACUUGGCUAUUUGUAAAUCGGUUUUGAACCAUUCAACCAGCAUAUGAAUCAGACAGGAGCUGUUCAUUGAUGAAAUGUAAAAUAUUUUUGAAAUUGUAUGGAAUUUG